AAAUACAAGACCAGGUGUACGAUGAGAAGCAAAACACAGUGACAAUCAAAGUGGUCUGCUGCUGCGACCCUGAAAAGAUGAAGCAAAAGAUACUCUGCAAGGGCAAAGCAGUCAUCAAGAGCAUUGAGAUCAAAGUCCACAAAAAGAAAGAAAAAGAAGAUAAGGCUUCGAAUACCGAGGACAAGGACAAGAAGAAUGCAGAUGAAACAAAAGAUAAAAAUCAGCAAACAAACCUACCUCCACGUCCUGUUCAGCUGGUGCCUUGCGUGCCUUUUGUGCCGGUAUGCCCAGUUCCCGGAGCCGGCCCGUUUCGUCGCACGUGCUGCAGGGAAUGCUACGAAGGCCGCGUCGGUGGGCCAUGCUUCGAAGGUUAUGAUAAUAAUUGGGCAGCUGGCCCGUUUCGUCGCACGUGCUGCAGGGAAUGCAACGAAGGCCGCGUCGGUGGGCCAUGCUUUGAAGGUUAUGAGAAUAAUUCUGGACCAGUACCGUCAUCUUCUCAGUGCGACUGCUACUGGAGAAGGCCAGUAGUUUGUGAUAGUUAUGGUGGUGGGAAUAUCUACUUCCAUCCCCCUCAGGAACAGUGCUCCGAUCCAGAUGCUGGAUGCCAAAUUAUGUAA